AUGUCUACAGCGGAGCAUAACUACGACAUCCACGACAAAGAGAUGUUAGCGAUUAUCCGAGCCUUCCAGGAAUGGAGGCCAGAGCUGCUUAGAUUGCGGCAGAAGGAGCGUUUUGAGGUCUUAUCGGAUCACUGGGCUCUGGAGUACUUUAUAACCACGAAGGCAUUAAGCGCUAGGCAGGUACGGUGGUAUGAGUUCAUACAAGAGUUCUAUUUUGCGUUGAAAUAUCGACCUGGAAGAGCGAACAUGUUGGCUGACACGCUUACUCGACGGAAGGAUGACGGAGCAUGGAAUCUUAACCAUCGGAACUUGACUAUGUUACCCCAAGAGGUUCUCGACAAACAGAUUGUAUCAGAACUAGCGUUUAUGGACCUGCAAGGUGCCGUGACGGACCGAAAUGUGAUUGACCGAGUGCUUGAGGCCAAUAAGAGAGUUGCGGCUACUACAGAAGCAUAA